CGCGUUUGGUAUCAAGCCAGGGACAUUUUUUCAUGGCAACACUCGGCCUGCAUAAAUUAUGUUCAUGACGUAGUGCAAAAUACUAAAUUUCUGUUAAUACUAAGAUUUGUCUGCAGAUAACGCCUACGUUUAUGUUAUUUCGGUGGGCUGCGUUCACUUGAGCGAUAGUUUAUGAGGAUACCCACCAUUAAAUAUUUAGUAAACGAGCUAUAUUGCGUCGUUGAGCCUCUUUAUCAAUGCAAAUGCCUCUUUUGUGUGCAGCCAAAGCGUCCGUCUGGAAGCUGUGAGAUGAAUUUUUAAUUAUGUAUGUCUAAUACAAACUGUGGCAAAGCGCGCGGAAGGAGGUGAAAGGCGGAAAUUAACCGUAAUUCCUCCGUUAUAGGCAGUGAAGGUUUCGUUAAAACGCACAUGGAACAAGUUGUAUUCCCGAACCGUGGUACGUCAUGUAACUACGUAAUUCGAAGCCAAUCGAAUAAUCUGGGCCAAGUGCUGAUUGAUAAGAUGUUGCACAUCUUUGGAAAAAGUGGGCUUGUAUGCAGAAGCACCCUCAGCCAUCAUGCCUUACCUGUGACCUUUUGGAGGAAAAAUGAAUGAUGGAUUCAGAAGACAUUCCUGCUAAUGAUGCCCCGCUUACUGUCAACGAGCAGGUGAUUGUCAUGUCCAGUCAUGAGACCAUUCGAGUUCUAGAGGUUGAGGUGGACACUGCUGUGCCCUCCCCAGGAACUCAUGUGAAAAAUGAGGCAGGACCGGAAGAGGGGAGAGGAAAAGCUUUAGAGCUAAUAGAAGGGGCCACUCAGGAUAAACAAACACCAUCCAAUACCAUCCACACAGUUUCCAAUGAAGCUGCAGCCCCUUCUGUACAGAAUGUUCCAAUUCCUAUAAGUCUCUCUUUGCCUCACGCUCAGACCAGCAUGCCCAUCACUAUCCAGGCCUGUCCACAGGUUCUGACCCAGGAUGGACUUGCGACUCUGAUGACUGGCAUGAUUGCCCAGCAAAGCACUCUGAACCAGCCUCUGCUGAUUCCACUAAGUAUGGCAGCCUCUGUGGGUGGACAAAAUGGGCUGGCACUGCUGACCCUUCCAACAACUACACUAGCCACUCUACCAGGUUUCAGUGCUGGUGGUACAGCUGGGGGGCUCAUUAAACUACCUUUUGGUGGCUUGCAGGCUGCCACUGUUUUGAACUCAGUUCAGCCACAGUUUCAGGCACCUGCACAGACACUUCUACAGCCCCAAGCAGCUGCACUACAGUCAAUGCAGCAGACUCAGGCUGCUAUAACCAGCACUGCCACUGUACCUUCAGUCAUGCAUAAGGCCACUGAUCCUAUUGCAUCAGUUGCAACACUUCAGAACACAGGCCUCACCAUCAACCCUGCUAUCAUAAGUGCUGCAUCUUUGGGUGCUCAAUCACAGUUCAUUAGUUCUCUGGCUACAUCUCCCAUCAUCACUAACGCCAAUGUGGCAGGACUUACCAGCCAGAUCCUCACCAAUGCACAGGGUCAGAUGAUCAGCACUUUGCCUGUGUUAGUGAACCCUGCAUCUCUGACAGGAGUGUCACCAACACAUUCAACACCAACUCAGGGUCUACAAGUGCAGACUGUGGCUCCUCAGCUGCUGCUGAACUCCCAGGGCCAAAUAAUUGCCACCAUCGGGAGCAGCCCUGGUGCUGCUGCUUUCACCACAUCCACCAGCUCCACAGCCUUGACCAAAACUACAAUGUCACAGACCAAGGUCAACACACAGGUGUGGCACAGUGAAUUGGCUCCCAUUGUAACAGUAAACCAGUCUCCAGUCAUGAUUGCUCCACAGCCUUCCACAGGAAAAUCACCUUCCUCAUCGAUUCCUGUUGCAUGUGCAGAAAUGCCCACAGUCAGCCAACUCGUCACCAAGCCACAGUCUGGGGUGACUGAAGAUGAGGGCAUUAAUCUGGAGGAGAUACGUGAAUUUGCCAAAAACUUUAAGAUUCGGCGACUUUCAUUGGGGUUGACACAAACACAAGUGGGCCAAGCUCUUACGGCUACUGAAGGACCGGCUUACAGCCAGUCUGCAAUCUGCAGGUUUGAGAAGCUUGAUAUAACCCCGAAGAGUGCUCAGAAGCUAAAACCAGUUCUAGAGCGUUGGCUUGCUGAAGCAGAGCUCUGGAACCAGAAGGGCCAGCAAAAUCUAAUGGAAUUUGUGGGAGGUGAGCCGUCCAAGAAACGCAAACGCCGCACCAGUUUUACACCACAAGCCAUUGAGGUCCUAAAUAGCUAUUUUGAGAAAAAUGCACUUCCAACUGGACAGGAGAUCACAGAAAUUGCUAAGGAGCUAAAUUAUGACAGAGAGGUUGUACGAGUUUGGUUUUGUAACCGCAGACAGACACUGAAGAAUACAAGCAAGAUCAAUGUGUUCCAAGUACAGUAAAGUGUACAAUACCAGCCUGGAAGGACAAUGAGAUAUAUGCAUGGAUAUAAAUUGUUCUUUUGUACUGUGACAUUUUAAAAAUUAAUGUUUUGUGAGAAGCUUCUAGGUUGUUUUUCCACAUUAAAAGCAGCAGCAUUGCACAAAUGGUCAAUGUGGCACACAUCAAUAUCAGAUUUGUCAAUGAUUCUUUGUUCAACAUCACACUUCAAGAACCAAUAAAUUAUAUAGAUUGUCUUUAAUAUUAAAUAGCAUACUGGCAACAUGUCCUAAAA